AUGGCAAUGGUAACCUGGAGAAACGGCAAGGAAGAUGUCGCCGGUGACUCUCAAGGCGGAAUCUCUACCCGGGUCUCUCAAGUCGGGCCGUUAUCCCUCUCUACCGACCUAACGGGACACCUCAAUCCCACAUCGGGACACCUCAAUCCCACAUCCUCUCUGGAUAUCUCCUCAACACCUCAGACACCCCAAGGCGCUCAUUCAAGCAAUACAUCUCAGUCUAUCACUAGCCAAACGUCGACCAACUCCAUGGACAAACAGCAGCCCCAGCAGAUCGGGUGUGUGGUGUGCGGGGAUAAAUCCAGCGGGAAGCACUACGGCCAGUUCACAUGUGAGGGGUGUAAGAGCUUCUUCAAACGAAGCAUCAGACGGAACCUCAGCUACGCCUGCCGCGCCAGCAGGAACUGCCCUAUUGAUCAACACCACAGGAAUCAGUGCCAGUACUGCCGCCUCAAGAAAUGUCUCAAAGUGGGAAUGCGGAGAGAAGGUAACAACCUUGUUUCUCAUCUCCCUUUAGGUCACUGUACCCUGUAGCUCUACUCACUAGAAGCCCAUUCCCUCAUCUCCCUUUAGGUCCCUAUACCCUGUAGCUCUACUCACUAGAAGCCAUUCCCUCAUCUCCCUUUAGGUCACUAUACCCUGUAGCUCUACUCACUAGAAGCCCAUUCCCUCAUCUCCCUUUAGGUCCCUAUACCCUGUAGCUCUACUCACUAGAAGCCCAUUCUCCUUAGGUCCUAUAAUAAAGCCACCCUAGAAUCCUUCUAUUCUAUAUGGCCCUGUUAUGUAGCUUUCAUGAAAGCCAUCACCUACUGUCCACUAAGGCUUGACCUGUAUGAUUAUAACUAAACCACCGCUCUCCCCUUAGAUACUGUAGCUUACUCACUACCAUUAUUCAUUCCUUAGGUACUUAACGAUAGGCUCUAUACGAGAAUAUUCCCGUAAUUCCUUGUCUAUACUGUACCUCACUAAUAAAGUAUCCCAUGUUGGUCUAUCGGCUCCCAUGAGCCUUAUCUUGUCCUAUACCGGACAUCAAGAAGCCACACUCCUUGGUGCUUACCAUGUAGUAUCACUAGAAAAUUAGUUUAUCACUAGUACUGUAGAACUUAUACGAAGCAAGCGAUACAACCAUGGUUUGUUCCAUCGGGUAUUGCUUGAUUCAGAAUGACUGUAACCCUUUUCCAAAACUAAGCUGAUGUCAUGAUUGUAACCAAACAGGCUUUUAAAGACAUUCAUAUAUCGUCGCUUAUUAAAUCUCGUGUUAGGUUAGAGAGGGUAUGAUAUCACGUGCACGGUCAUGUCUUCCUAACCAACGGAGACCCUCUCCAAUGCACUCCAUUUGUAUCUCCAUGCUAUGCGAGGAACUACCAAGGACAACGGAGCGGUGGUUUACAGUUCAAAAAACUAAUGGGACUAGAACCUUUGAAGCAAGCGAUACGGACAUGGUUGUUCCGUCGGGAUUGUAGGCACGAAACAUACCCGUUUUCCCCAACCUCAGCACACAGGUCGUCCUUGUCAGGACGCACUUUGCGAGACAAUUGUCGUUGCUGAACACGCCGGUCAGAGCGGGAGGUGGUCUAGGGCCCUAACCAACGGAGACCCUCUCCAAUGCCACUCCUACCUAUCUGGAUACAUCUCCCUGCUCAUGCGAGCCGAGCCCUACCCCACAUCCAGACACGGCACGCAGUGUAUGCAGUCCAACAACCUCAUGGGGAUCGAGAACAUCUGUGAGCUGGCCGCCCGGAUGCUGUUCUCGGCGGUGGAGUGGGCCCGAAACAUCCCCUUCUUCCCCGACCUCCAGAUCACCGACCAGGUCGCCCUGCUCCGGCUCACUUGGAGCGAGUUGUUCGUGCUGAACGCGGCCCAGUGCUCAAUGCCGGUGCAUGUGGCUCCUCUCCUGGCGGCUGCAGGGCUGCAUGCCUCCCCCAUGUCGGCGGAGAGAGUCGUGGCUUUCAUGGACCAUAUCCGGAUCUUCCAGGAGCAGGUGGAGAAGCUGAAGGUUCUGCAUGUCGAUUCAGCCGAGUACAGCUGCAUUAAGGCUAUAGUUCUCUUUACGUCAGGUAAACACACCAAUGCUAUGCUUCACUGCUGUUUACCAUGACUGGUAUCAAUACAGAUCUAAAUAUAGACAAGCAUCACCCUCAUCAGCAACAGGGAGGCUGUAGUUGUGUUCCCCAAAUCACCUCAAAUGAGGUAAACUAUAGCAAUUACCCCUCAAAUUCAGUUUUCAACCAAUCCUAUGAGUUGAAUGCCGAAUGGGAAAACCUAAUAGGCCUUGGCCUUCGAAAAACACCUGCAACAACAUUCAGACAAUUGGAUUCAACAACGUUCAUGAAUUAUAUCAAUAUAUGAUGAUUUUACAUAUAUAUAUAUAUAUAUAUUUUUUUUUUUACAAUAAUUAAUAUAGGCCCCUGUGAAUUGUAUUAUAUGAUUAAUAAUAAAUACUAUUAUUGCCGUUUGAUUGAAUUAAUUUGAUUUAUUUUCAAACUAAUAAUAAUAAUUAUUAUCAAAAUAUUUUACAGGCUAAUUUUGUUCUGUAUAAAUGGUUGACAUUUUACACAGAAAUGUAGGUCAUUCACCUACCAUGAUCUUUGCCAUACAACUCAACCUUUACCGACAGAAUAGGAAAUAUUUCAUAAUAAAGAAUAAAGAAAAGUCUACUUAUAUUUAAUUUCGUUUUGCAGAAUGUCUUAAAUGCCAUAAUUUAUUUAAACAACUAGGCCUAAGCCUGAAAGGUCUUCUGGUGGUGAGAUGAAUGAAACAUAUUGUUUUAUGUCCUAUAAAAAAAGAAACCAAAUAAUGUAUUUUGUCAACUCAAGUCGAUGGAUGCCUUGACUGACAGUAAAAGAAAGGAGUAUACGUCUAGUCACGGCAGAGCAAGGCCAUGAGCAGGGUUCAUUCUGUGGACGUGUUGUGGAACUAGAACAUGACCCCUCAUUCACCCCUCACGGCAGAGCAAGGCCAUGAGCAGGGUUCAUUCUGUGGACGUGUUGUGGAACUAGAACAUGACCCUUCAUUCACCCCUGUAUUGUAGCCCUGCUACACUCUUAGAAAAGAAGGUGCUAUCUAGAACCUAAAAGGGUUAUUCGGCUGUCCCCAUAGGAGAACCCUUUUAAUAACCUUAUUUUGUUCCAGGUAGAACUCUUCUGGUUCCAGGUAGAACCCUUUCCACAGAGGGUUCUACAUGGAACCGAAAACGGUUCUACCUGGCAUCAAACAGGGUUAUUCUAUGGGGACAGUCGAUUAACCCUUUUGGAACCCUUUUUUCUAACAUUGUAUCCUCAGAUAACAUGGAGGUAGCAGCAGGGAAUGCACCGCAGCGUUGCAUUCAGAAUUAUGUUUUUCAAAUCUGCUUUUAAAAAUGCAUUUGAAGAGUGCAUCUAUAGUGUGAAGCAGUCUGAACACGUGAUUAUGGGAGUAAAGGCCUAUAGGACUGUUUGUGACGUUAUUGCGGACCCGUUUCAUUUUCAAACAGUGGGCCAUGUUCUAUUGAUAAGCCCCUGUAGCGCCAUUUUGAGUUAAGCAAAUACGGCAUCAUUUGCUUCGUCGAGUUUUUAACACAGUUAAAUUGAUUUCAUAAGUUAGAGUGGGCCUAUAUAUCCACACAACACACUGUAUUAACAAUAGCCUAUAUUAAUAUUGAUUUCGGAAAAUUGCAGUAGGCGGUAAAUGUCUACGUCAUAAUGGCUGCAUUUACACAGUCAGCCCAAUUAUGAUAUUUUGCCCAAUUAUUGGUUAAAGAUCUGAUUGCCCAAAAGAGCAAAAAAUAGAUCGGAAUUGGGCUGCCUGUGUAAACUCAGCCAUUGUGUUAUUUGUAUUUCAUUGAUGAUCUAAUAUUAACCUAUAUUGCAUUGUUCACGAGGAAGAUAAGCCUAUAUUAUUGAUAAUGAUUUAUGAUUUUAAUUUAGUUCUUUGUUUGUAUAGAUGCGUACGGUCUGUCAGACGUGACUCACGUGGACGGUCUUCAGGAGAAGUCCCAGUGCGCCCUGGAAGAAUACACCAGGAGCCAGUACCCUAACCAACCGACCCGGUUUGGGAAGCUACUACUCCGUCUGCCCUCUCUACGCACCGUCUCCUCGUCCGUUAUAGAACAGUUAUUCUUCAUCCGGUUGGUCGGAAAAACCCCAAUAGAAACUCUCAUCAGGGAUAUGUUGCUUUCCGGAAGCAGUUUUAAUUGGCCUUACAUGUCAAUGCAGUAG